CUAAAGUUGAAAGGGGAAUAAUAUUUACUUUGGAGAAAAGAAAGAGGUGACGGACAGAGGAACAAAUUUGUAGAUCUGUCCACUAGUUGGCAUUAGUGGUGAGAUUACCUUUGUUCUGAUGCCGCAGAGCCAACAGCCAAUCACGGCGUGCGUCACAGCAAGGGCGAUGCCUCAUCACACAUGACUCAACCCCGCCCCUUCCUCCCAGCCCGGCGUCCCGCUUUUGAAUCGGGAGCGAAACUGCUGAAUCGAUAUUAGCUCUACAUCUCAUCUGUUAUUAUUCCGAUUAAUAUCCUCAGGAUAUCUUUCAAGUCUUCCUUCAACUUGAUGAUCUUCAAGGAUUUUGUGUCCGAGCAUCCAUCUUUCAAUCAGAUUCGUUUUUGAAGUGCUUCCCUCGAUUCCUUGUUCGCGCCAGCAGAAGAUAUUGCUGGCAUCCAUGUUGACAAGAACUGGGCUCGCCCGGUCACAGUCAGCUGGCGUUGUUUUGUGGCUCUGAUAUUGUCUGGGGAUUCUUCGUUUCGAUGGAUUGAGCCUUCUAUAACUAAUCUAAACAACAGUUUAGAUGAAUUAUUUUAUCCACGGAUUGAUUGCAGACCAAAGGAUUACUCAAAAUGUGUUUGUGUUCAGUGCAUUUACAUUCCAAGAAAUCGCUUUCUUGCUUGUUAUGAGUGUCUGUGUACUUGGGAAGAUGAAAUUCUUGGUCAGUUGUGUAUCGUAGGAAACACAGUGUUAUUGUUGGGUUGUGCGAACAACUCGCAUCUCUUUCUGUAAGGUGACUAUGCGCUUUCUUUUAUAUAUACAUUAACACAUUUACAACCGAAUUAUUUAUCUUAAAAGUGUAAAAUCAUGCGAAGGUCCUGACGUUGUGGUUAGGCAUGGCCUCCGGCGUGUCUGUGUUUUGAAGUUUCGGGAUAUCGAUCGGUUCUGGUGCUCUUGCCCGUACUGAAAUAAUAACAAAAAAGUGAACAAAACUUCCGCAAUACUAAACCAUCGUCUGGAGACUCCAUUUUUGCUACCGAUUCUUGUUCAUUUUACUGUAUUAGAUGUUAGCUUCUUAAAAGUUACGAUGUGAGGUGAUGUGUUGUGCGAGGGACAUAAUGUCGCAUUACGCUUUAAGUAGGUGUUGUUGAGAGAAUAUAUUAUUGUUUAGUGUGGAAACGUUAAGCGGCCCCAUGAAUAAGCCGGACAUCUCUGUGACUGGUGGCCAGCUGAUUGACUGGGCCAAGGAGCAACAGCAGCUGCUCUUCCUAGACAGCGCCCGCGGUGACCAAGGGCCAAAUUCCAAGUCAGCCAUGUACGGCCAGCUGGUGACCCAAGACCAACUUGCUGGAAUGGGUCCUCAAGAUCCAGAUGCCGAUUUGGUUGUCUUGGAGUCGAGGAUACCUGGGAAGAUCAGGGAGCCCUGCCAUGCACCCCUCAGACGGCUGAGUGUGGAUCUCAUUAAGACCUACAAACACAUCAAUGAGGUUCGUAUUAUACAUCGCAUGGAGGUAUACUAUGCAAAGAAGAAACGUAGGGCUCAGCAGUCUCAAAGGGAAGAUUCCACCAAUAAGAAAGAAAAGAAAGUGUACAAUGAUGGCUAUGAUGAUGAAAAUCAUGAUUACAUUGUGCGCAAUGGAGAACUCAUAGAACGUUAUGAAAUAGAUUGCCUGAUAGGAAAGGGAUCAUUUGGACAGGUUGUGAAAGCUUUUGACCAUGAGGAGCAGUGUCAUGUAGCAAUUAAAAUCAUCAAAAAUAAAAAGCCAUUUCUUAAUCAAGCUCAAAUAGAAGUAAAACUCCUAGAACUGAUGAACAAUGAAGAAGUUUCAGAUACGUUCUAUCAACUGGGGAAAGAAAAGAUUGUGACGCUGAAGAGGCAUUUUAUGUGGAAGAACCACCUGUGUUUAGUGUUCGAACUAUUGUCUCACAACCUGUACGACCUUCUAAGAAACACCAAGUUUCGAGGUGUUUCUUUGAACCUGACUAGAAAAUUUGCUCAGCAGAUGUGCACGGCACUCUUGUUCCUCUCUCACCCUGAUCUCAAAAUAAUCCAUUGUGAUCUCAAACCAGAAAACAUCCUACUCUGCAACCCAAAGAGAUCUGCAAUCAAAGUAGUCGACUUUGGAAGCUCUUGCCAACUCGGGCAGAGGGUUGAUCAAAUGAACAAAAUAAUUGAAGUAAUUAAUCUCCCACCUAAGUCUAUCAUUGAGCAGGGUCAUAAGUCCCGGAAGUACUUUGAGAAGCUCGCAAAUGGCACCUAUGUGAUAAAAAAGUUAAAAGAUGGUGCAAAGUAUCGUCCUCCUGGUACAAGAAAGCUUCAUGACAUUCUGGGAGUGGAGACUGGUGGACCGGGGGGCAGGAGGCAUGGAGAACCCGGUCAUAGUGUUUCAGACUAUUUAAAAUUUAAAGAUUUGUUACUACGAAUGUUAGAUUACGAUCCAAAGACUCGAAUCACGCCCUAUCACGCUCUCCAACACAGUUUUUUCAAAAGAACGGCCGACGGAAGUACAAAUACUCUCCACAACACAAUAUUGAGUCCACCGAUAUUAGACGUGGCCGAUCCCGACUCCCAAGAUGAAAUCGAAAGGAAGACGAGUGAUAGGUCCAAAAAGGAAGAUAUUGCACACUUCGCGACAACGUGUUCAUCGUUCGGACCAACAGAUGCCAAGGCAUUUACUGUUGGUGAACAUACACUUGUCAGUCCAAUGCAUCAGCAUCAGACCAGCUGUACCCAAACGAACAUUUACAGCUCUCCUUGCGGUGGGACGUUUCCAACUGCUCCUGGAACAUCAGCCAUGGACUGCGAGAGCCCGCACGUCGUAGGCGGGGGCGGCAGCACGUGUUUCCUGCCCAAUGGCAAUCGGUGCUUACACAAGAACCACUUGUUCUAUGCCUGUGGUGCUUUCAGCUCCACCGCUGUAUGCUCCAGGCACCCCACGGACGCUCUUUCAUCCGACGCAUCUUAUCAACUGCAGUCCGAUGAAAACUCAGGACCUGUACAUAAUUUUGAAUAUCAGAAAAAUAUUCACUCAUCCCAUUUUUUGCAAGCAGCAGCAAAAGAUCCACAGUUGCCUGAUGAUGACGUCAGGAGUCUUCAGUCUUACCAGCCACCCUCAGGAGUGGAUCAUCUGAGAAGCCACCCGUCUUCCUCUUUUUCUAGGACUUCUGUUGUGUCUUCCGAACUUACUCCUAUGGACACGUCCAUAUUUACUGUUCCACAACAACAGGCACUGGACUGUUCCCAGGUAGGGGGCUCAUUGCAUCAUCAUUCAUUUAGUGGAACUAAUAUUUAUGUAAACACUCCCUUAGCGGGGGGAAAACCCCCUUCUUCUUCAACACAGAAGGACAGCGCAGAAGGAGAAACUUCCACUUACUCUAAUGACCCGCUCAUUACUCAUUAACAAUGAACCCCCUGUUUUAGUUCAUUGACUUUUUUCUGUACAUUUUUUCAUUCAAGGAACAGGAAUGGCUAUAAAGGACACACAGAAUGAUUGCUUAUAUUUGUGUAUGUCUGUAAAUUAUUGAACGCAUGUAAAUGAACCACCCCCAUUCAUCGGUCUAUCUUUGUUUGCUUUCAGUGAGGGCAGCAGGUGAUUGCUUUAAGCCUCUUCAUAUUUUUUAAAUAAAAAUAAAAUUAUAAUAUAAAAUGGUAUGGCUACAAACUUGUUUGCAGUCGAGACAAGUCUUUCAGCGAAAGCAAAAUGCUGUUGUAUUGUAUUACGCAUUUUUAUCCGAAGUGUAUGCCAGAGUUUUAAAUUUCUUGUUUGAUGAGGUUUCAUACAGUUAUGUACACGCUAUGUCUGUGUAAAAAAUCUUUGUUUAUGCUAUGAAAAUAUAUAUAUCUUUUGCAAAAACUGAAAUCAAACAUUUUUUGUAUAUAUUGUAUUUAAAGUUCAUUCUUUUUUUUUUCCAUAUGUAUGUGUGUAAUACUAAAGCCAAUUUUUUAAAUAAUGCAUCUCGUCUUAAUUAAAUUAAGUUAUAAUUUUCCUUGUAAAUACUGUACAGUUGUAUAUAUUCAUAUAUAUAUACAUAUAAUUCAAUCAUGAUAAUAAUGAAAAGUUAAUGUGCAUUUAAAUGCUGCCAGGCUCAUUUUUUAAAAAAAAUUGAAACUCAUCUGAUAAUGAUUUUUUACAUCAUUAAGUGCUGUAUAUGUAUGAUAUAUAAGCAUAAAACUCAAUCAUAACAAGAUUAAUAAUGUGCAACUAAGUGCUGUCAGACUAGUUUUAAAUAAAUUAAAAUUCAUUUUUUUAAAUUUCAUCAUACCAUGAUAUUGAAAAUAAGUUUAUGUGCAUUUAAGUGCUGCCAGAUUAUUUUUUCUGAAAAUUAAAAUUUGUAAGAUUAAAUAUGAUUUUGUUUCAUAUUUUAAUGAAACAUUUGAAAUUAAUAUAAUAUACUUCUCGCCAUUGUAUACAUUUCUAUUACUUGAUUUUUAUUGUUCAUUCGGAAACCAAAGUGUGAGAAAGAAUUAUAACAUUUCCAUUCUGUAUAAGCAAUUUUUAUUAUGAUUGGGUGUAGCAUGGGUGACAUCAAAUUUUGAUUAGCAUGCAUUGAUAUUUUAAUUGUAAUGAUGUUUAUUAUCAUUUGUCUUAUCUUUUGUGCUAGUUUAUGUCUGCUGGCAUACACAAUGAUAUAAAAAUGCUUUUAGCAGCAAUUAGUAUUUUGGAUUGAGAUUUUAAUUUCAUAUUUUAUUUGUCUAUUUAAAAUAUGUUUGAAAGCAGUUAUGUAACAAUAGAUGUGCUAAUAGGAUUCCAAACAGUAGAUAUAAACAAGCGAGUAUCACAGUAUUGAUUUAGAAAUGCGUAGUUUGGUUACUUAACAGGAAAACAGCUUUCUAAGUAAGAGGGACGAAAUGUAUUAUGUAGUUGGCUUGUAGAGGAAAAUUAUAAUUUUUUUUUUAAGAAUAUUUUUCACUUUAAACUAUAUUAGAUGGUAUGCAUAACAUCUGUGAUGACAUUAGGGUGGUUGAUAUGUGGCAAGAAUAUAAAAGAAUUGAAUGAAAGGGCUGCAGAUUCAUGUUAUUGUUUGCUGAAUCUCUUAUAUGAAAAACUAACUUAAAUUUUUGAUUAAUUAUGCAAUAAAAAGUAUUUUUUAUAUCUUCCUAAAUAGGUGUAAAAUGAUCAGGCAUGACAGCCUGGGAUUAAAGACCUUCAGUUAAAGAUUUUUCAAAAAAAAAAAAAAAUCACUUUAUCUGGGCUGCCAGCCUUUUAUUCCAAUUAUUCUAAAAUUUGAUUCCACAGAAUCAAGCCAUCAUUGCUUUACCCUUUUUUUCAAUUAGUGAAGGGCUUUGAUACAAAAAAUUUUCUUGAAUGGAUUUUUUUAAAACUAUUCUGGCAAAUACGGAAUACUUUGUAGAAUGCGGAGAUUAAUUUUUAACUAUGAAGUCAACCUCUGAAAUCUUGUAUUUAUUUCUUGUAACAGGUACUUCAUACAAUAUCAUUCUUUUCUUCCUUCAUCAUUUUGCGAAAAAUUUCCUAUUUCGUCAUCCUUUUGUCUUGAUAUAUCAUUCAGUGAUAUAACUUCUUUUAAUAUCUUUCAAUCAGCAUCAAUAUUUUUCAAUAAUAUUUGCUAAUCAACCGCAUGUUGCAAGAUUAUUGUCCACGGUAACUUCUUUCUCAUAAGUUUUUUCCAAUCUUAAAGAUGAAUAUAUUUUUAGUUAUCUUUUUGUUAAC